AUGGGCAAUAUUUCAAGCCAAAAUUCAAUCUUUCUCUCGGACAGAGAUGAAGAACCCAAGCCACCUACCAAUCCGUCGUUUCAUCCCUCAGGAUCACUCUCACCCUCCACGCAAAGCAGAUCGAGAAGGCCACCUCGGGAGGAAAUAUCUCCUGAGAUGGUUGUUUUACAGAAAAUAGAGUCUAGCAAGAUACUCGCCGCAAAGUUACAAAAUCCUAACGACAGAGACAGAUUAGUCCACCAACUUUCUGACGAAACAGAACUCAAGAACAAUUUUCUUAACCUUGACUUUGUUUUACAAUAUUUAGAGAGAGAAAACCUUAGAAAACAACAAGAUGAUUUCUCAAAUAUUGCAGCUUUACGACAACGUUGUACUAGGCGCCAACAGAAUUCAUUGGGCAUUCCUGGAAUUGUAGUGACAUCUGCUCCGAGAGAUUCAGAAGCAUCUGAAUCCACUGGAGAUGCUGUGGACCACAUCAUCGAAGAGGAUGACUCUGAAAAUCCACCUCCCAACUUACCUGAAAGAGUGGAGAAUCCAUCGCUUGCAACCAGAGCCACAAACUUAUAUAGGGCCAUGAGAAGGUCCAUUGGAAGAUCGAUUGGAUCAGAGGCAUCUUCUAGUCAUGACAUUCUCCCAAACGGUUAUGGAACGUCAAUUUUAGAUCCAGUCUUUUCUACUCUUAAUCAUUCUUGUGAUGAAGGAUGCAAUGAAGAACUUCCAGAAGAAGAGCUCCAAGAACAUAACUUGCUGGAUGAAAUUACAUUUAAGGUUAAGCUUAUCCUUGUUGAUACACUCAAGACUGAAGCAUCAAAGAAUGUUAGACAAAUCAUAUCUCCCAUUUUGGCAAAGAUGGACAAACUUCCUAACCAUGGAAUAUUUCACUCUUCUAUAUCAAUAGGUCCUUGGAUUUUGGAGUUUACUGAUUGUGGGUUAUGCAUACCAAGAAAGAUCACUUCCAAGAUGGCCCUUCUUUCGAUAGACAUUGGAGAAAUUAAAGGAUGGACUGCCAUAACAGAAGCUGUAAAUAGAAUCGCUCAUGUUGUGUGCAGAUGGAACACUCAAGUCUCUUAUUCAAGGAACAACGUGAGAAAGGAGUCCAUCAUUUUCUCAAGCCCUUCUUCCCAACUUGCUGUUGAGGGCCAACGAAGAAUUUCAGAUGCCUUUUACGGCUCCUCACUUCCAUCAACACCAGAGCACAGUACUCCAAGUAGUUUGAGCCCACCUCUUGGAGGAAGCGCUACGCUCACGGGUGUUGCACAAAAUUUUGUUGGAUCACUUUCAUCCAACUCGUCAGCCUUAAGUACAAGGCAGAGCGAUCGCUCGUCCUUGUCCUGUUCACAACACCCUAACAAACACGAACAAAAAACUGUUGGAAACUGUCAAGACUUUGUCGAUGAAGUUCUCGAAGCGUUGGAGAUCACACCAGUGUUUUCAGAGUCCAUGCACCAAUUUUUACUCAACCUUAGAAACCGAGGUGACAGCCAUCUUACGAUAAAAUUGGACGAUCCGUUUCUUGAGAAAUUUGGGCUUAAAAACAACGCAUUCAAUAACAUUAAGGAAAUGCUUGGAUCCGCCAAAGCUGCAGAGAAAACCAAUUCUUAUCAUGGAACUCCACCAGUGACCAACGACAAUUCACGAAAAAGAAGCAAGAGUGAUACUCCCAAGUUAUUGAAUCCAGAUCCUCUCUCCACUAUUGAAAUCCAAAAUCACUGUAUGACAUUCCAUACUCACGAACAGCUUGACCUAUUUGUAAAUUUACUGCUUCAAAAAGAUCCUCAAUUCUCUCGAACCAAUCCUCAAACGUACGACUUGCUGAAAGCAUUCGAUCGAGCUUUUUGGAUCAAAUACAAAUCUGCCAUUCUCUCAAAACCCAAUAUGCUUGCAAACAACAAGGUUUUACAGCAAGAAACACAAUUAGAAAUGUUGACGACAGCUCCUCUCAAUAUGCAAUCCAAAGCAGUGGAGUUAGCCAAUAACAUUAUGGUAUGGAAUGGCUAUACCGAUCAAAGAAGAAAACCACAUCAUCAAUGUCUAGGUUGCCCCUUUGGUGAUCCUUUCUGUACCAUGUCAUUCAUUCAUAUCGAGUAA